AUGACAGAGGCCCAGAUGCCAUCGAUGCUUGAUUAUGCGAGGUUCCAUGGCAUUGCCCGCAAUCACCGGGCAAUAGACCCCCUUGCUUUUAUUUCCCCACCUCUGCCAUCGGGAUUGAGCGGAUCUCUGAAAGAUACAAAAGGAUGCCCGGUAUUAAGUUUAGAUCAGUUACGGGAGCCAGGUUACCAAAAGCAAAAGGAAAAGCUAAAUAUCAGCAAAGCAGGUGCUUUAUUUCUAAAAUCGGCCAUUAGACCAAGCUCUUCAGAUUUCAGGCGUUCUCUAGACUGGGAUAACCUCCUCCCCGAUCCUCGUCAGAUAGAAAAUAUCAAGCAAAAUCCUCCCCUCUUACGAACAGAUCAUGAAAAUGAUAUGCACCUCUUUCGCGACAUGCUGUCCCUGGACAGAAUGGAGGUGGAUCUGCCAUUGGAGAAAAUCGACGAUGAGCACGAUGAAGGGCUAAGAUUUCCAAGUUAUGUUCGUGAACUACCAAAUCAAAUCCAUGAUUAUAUCGCGAAUGAGAAACUCGAUUGUACACGAGAGGUAUUGCUUUUCAUGAAAGAGAUUAGAACUGGUGCUCCGGUUCGCGGCUCUGAUCACACCCAAAGCGAACCGAGGUUUAUCAAGGUCAAUAUCCAUUCCUAGCGGUCUUGACUCAGCUUCUAGUGACAUAAAGAAACAGAAAACAGAUUUAGAACCCGUUACGCCCCCUCUCCUGCCAAGAGAUUCCACACCUAAUCAUUUUAAUCCUUCGUCUGCGGGUAUGGAAAUGGAGCUACUUUCCAGGCCUAUAACGCCAGUGAUGCCCGAACACACACAAGUCGAGAGAGCACUCGCUAUAGAUGUGGAUGUAUUUGUUGGAGAAUCAUCGGGGUUGCAUCGCAGCAGCCAGAAUCCGCUAGAGAAUUUCCUUGAGGGUAAAAGUGACCAGGACGACUCACCUCGAGUAAAUCUACUUUGCCCAAGGAAGAGGAUGCUAGAUGAGUCCUUUAAGGUCGAGGGCCCCCUCACACCACCAUAUUCCAUAAAAAGGCGCCGUGCGGAGGAAGAAGGGAUGCACUUGACGGAAAUCGUCCAAAUGAUGCCAAUUCCAGAGAUCUGUCUUCCAAAUGAAGGCGAGAUUCUGGGAUUGGAUGACGUUCUUAAAACCUCCGCGCUUUGUAAAGAGAAUAUUGAACUGAAACUGGAUAAAGAACGAAUCCGUGGAAUCAACGCAGAUACUCGAAUCGAAACCCCAAAGAUAGUGAAUCUGCCCCCUCGCCCUCCUUGGUUAUUAAUGGAUCCAGCCUGUUGUCAGCAAGACAUGAUGACAAAACUGCAUAAAACCCAUGACAUGACCAGUCACAAUCAAUUAUCAGAAAGAGAUGAGUGGGAUCUUCAGUGGAACCCAUUUCCAAUGGGUAUUUCCCGGAUGGCUGUCGAAGAGACAAUUGAAGGUCACAUAGAGCUCUCCGAAUUUCUUGGCCCUCUUGAAGGUGAGGGGGAUGGCCGUUGUGAAUCCCCAAAAUGGCCUUUUCCGCACGGCACGUGGCUGGGGGAUGAUCUUGAUGACUAUAUUCUUGAACCAAGCAUUGCUAUUGAGAGGGAUGCGUUAUCAUUGCAUCCUAUUAGUGAUUUGGUGGUAAGCCGGAAUUCGGCUGGGUUGUCGGGCAAAAAGCAAAUCGCUUCUUCAUGUUUCAUCCAACACCGUCAUGUUACAGGAGAUGAAAAGCUUCACAGUCUUAUCGAUUCGAAAAGUUCUCUCCUUUCGUCCAAUUUUUCUACCACGACUCAACUAUCGAAUUUCAUUAAUCUUCGAGGGAAAACAAAACAAACUAAUGCAUCGUCAUCUCCAUAUUUUACCAAAGACGCCGCCAAUGUUCUUGAAGCUAGGGAAAACGAUAAACCAGAUACAAGUGUACUUGUUAGCCAUCUGACUUUGCCAGCACCUGAAAUUGCCGAACCGCCAUUUCCACUUAGUUUCGUCAUUUCAACCGCAUUGCUGCGCACGCAUAGAUCAGUGGUGCAAGUUCUCGAAUCUCUUCCUUCCCCUAAAACGCUGAUUUUUCGGGAUUACCAUGCAAUGGCUCUCCUAUCAGCGAAAUUAACGAAAGGAAAGCACGAAAACGCGACUUCAUUCAGUUCAGAAACGUCACUGCAGACUCUAAGGCCAGCAAACUGCUACGACGACGAUGCGGAUAUCAUCAUAUCCCCAACGACAGCCAUCCUCCUCACAAAAUCCCAAGAAACAACCCAACUGCAUCUUCCAGGCCACUCACCACUUCGUUCUGGACUUGGAAAUAUUCUCUCCUCCCCACUUCGGGAACGAAUCUUCCGUGUUUGCUCAAGGUAUGAGCGACUGUAUGUGUUGAUAGGCCAUGCAUUGAAUGUAGCACCAACGGGUGAAGAAGCCAUCGAUGCCAUUCGCGCCCUGGAAUCAUUUUGUUCUUCCCUUGCGCAGUCCUGCAAUGUAGUACCGCUUGUGGUACCUGCUGCGGUGGAACAUUUGACACAAUGGAUUAUAAAUCUCGCGAAGAAGCAUGCCAUGCCAGUACCCUGGAGCGGGGCGCGUCCAAGCUUGGAUGGGCCUGCUCAUGCAAAGAUUCCCUCGGAAGAUGCAACUGUAUGGGAAAUCUUCUUAUAUCAUGCCGGUCUAAACUUGUUCGCUGCACAAGCUGUGCUCACAUGGCCCGUCACUUCACUUGCUAAGUUUGAGGAGGAUGCUCCUCCCGCGGAUAUUGCAGCAUCGCCUUAUGCUACUCUAUCAAGAUUUGUCGGCCUGCCCCCGAAGGAAAGAAAACGCAUUUACGCACCUCUAAUUGGCGAAAGGAUUGCAUCCAAUAUCAGCAAUCAAUUAGACGGUGAAUGGUGACCAUUGGGGGUUGUUGCAAAGACCAGAACCCGCCCAGGGAUUCCGGUCAAUGCAAAAGGCUCGGAAGAUAUUCAUUCCUCGUUAUCACUACGAUUCGACUAUGAAGAUAUGAUAUAGCGCUAUAUCUAUAUCCUCAACGGAGGUCCAUUUCAUCACAAUUUGUUCCCAUAUUGACCAAAUUUCCAGACACAUCAUACAUGAUCGUUCAACCAUCAAAAGGCAUAGUUUCAAUCAAACAUCCACAUCGGCAUCCCAUAAAUAGGAGGAGUUUCUCGGCGCUGUCAAUUCUUCGCAGGAUUGCAAACGCCACUCAAACUCUUGUUUUUCUCGAAUUCGAGCUUUGUGUCUCGCGUUUCGAAGGCACAAAUUCACUCCGGGACGUAUGCUUGAUAACUAAUGGAGAUGACCGUUGGAAUCUUUACCUUUCGUCACCUCAUCGCAGUCUGGAGGUAUCGGCUGAAGAGUCAGGCAGCGUCUCUUUUGAAGGCCAAAGGAUCUCUUUGCUGGAGAGCCUUCCGUCCCUGAUGGAUGGUUAUGACCCGCUCGAGAAAUUGAGCUAAGCCGUUCCUGACGUUUGGAUACAGCAUCCACUUCAGCGUUAGGCUCUAAUCUUGGCGGGCGUUGUGGUGGAGGCUCGCGAGGAUUCCCCCAAACAGGCGGCACUGUUGGAUUUUGCCGCGUAUCAAGCUGUGAAAUGGAAUAAGCUCCUUGAAUUUUUGAAAAGGAGACUAGGUUUCCCUACCUCGUCUCGGACCACUACUCUGGUGGGAGGAUGUUCAUGGAUGAAGGGAGAAUAACGCGGGACAAAGGCGUCAUCGGGCUUGGUAGGUGUAGCCAAAUGGCUACCCGCGACCAUGUCAAUAAUGGUCAAGCCAAUGGCCCAUAGUACGGUGAAUCGAGGAAGCAUUUUCGCCUGGCUUGAGUGGUGCUUGGUAGAGGUAAUGUAGCUGCUUUCCUUGGAAUGGGUAAAUGUGGAACUCAGAGAACGCAAUGGCUCUGGCAGUCGAAGAAGUUUAUAAGAUAUAAGCGGUAAAACCGGAGAAUGGAAAUGAUUGUGACAAAGCGU